AUGUCAAGUUCUGGACCUGCGAUUGAGGUGUCCACAGAAUUGAAGCAGAACGUUUUUGGCGAAGACCAGGUGAUACCCGAAUUUGCCAAAGAUACCCAAUCUGGCAGUUCUUUCGCAAACAUUACUCAGUGGAAAGAGCUCGGUGCGUAUUUAGAGGGUCUACAAAAAAUCACGCCCGGUUCCUCUGAUUCAGAGAACAGCGAUCCGCAAUCCAAGAAUCCGCUCUCUAGACCAGUUGUUUAUCGGAUUUGCAACCAUUGUGAUAGGCCUAUUUUGGAGAAAUAUCUAGCAGAUCAUCUGAAGAGCUGCGCGCAGGAGAAACGUAACAAAACGUUGUCGGCAGAGAGAGCCAACACCGCAGUCACGAAUAACGUUAUGAAGAAGCGGCGGCUAGACGAAGCCGCAGAAAAUCUGUCGAGUUCACUAAACUCUCCGGAUGUUGAGGAGACCAAAUUGAACGGGGCCAACGGGGCGUCCAAAAAGCAGAAAGUUGCCAAAGUGCCCAAGGAGAAGAAAGUCAGGAAAAGCGUCAAACCGAAGAUCACCGGAAAACCAAAGGGACCUGUCGAUGUCGAGAAACAGUGCGGUGUUCCGCUGCCAAACGGUGGUUUCUGUGCACGGUCCUUGACCUGCAAGACGCAUUCCAUGGGAGCCAAACGAGCUGUUCCUGGGAGAAGUGCCCCAUACGAUCAGCUGCUUGCUGCGUAUCAGCGCAAAAACCAGGCCAAGAUCGGCGCUGCUGCUGCUGCUGCUCAGCAAGCUCAAGACGACCUCAUGCAUGGCUCCUCGGUUCCGUUGGACGACGAAGAGGAAACGCAUCAAGUCUUGGACGGUGUGACGAGAUCGACGCCAUGGCCUUUGGAACGGAAAGUGAUAAUGCCUACAAAACUACGCAACUCGUUUAUUCGCAUGAGAGAAAUGUUUGCUGGUGCUAUACUGCCUCGAAUGCCAUCCAACCCACUGGGACAGAUGCAAGGGCGUACUGCGGUGGUGGAUACAGAAAAAACCACCGAGUACGUUUUCCCUGUGCGGUCGCAGCACCAACGGAUGGCACCCUCGUCGCAGGUGCGGCCGGCCGCACCUAUGGCCAAGCCAACUCCCCAGGGUGCUGUUGAUGUUCAUUCGCAGAUCUCGGCCCAGGCCCAGCUGCUUGCACAACAGCAGCAGCAGCUCAGACUCGCGCAGGUCAAGAAACAACAGCAACAGGCACAGAUGCAAGCUAAAUACCAGGCCCAGCAGCUGGCUGCCGGGGUCGUUCCUCAGCAGGAUAAACACAUGCAAUUGACUCCGCAGCAGCAGCAGCAGAUGAUGAUGAGACGGCGGAUGUAUUUGCAACAGCAGUCGCAACAGCUGCGGCAACAGCAACAGCAGUAUAUCAACCCCCAGUAUAAGAGUCAGCAAGAAAUGAUGAUGAACCAACGCCAGCAAUAG